AUGAUCUUUCCUAAUCCACUCUCCGUGGUCCUCAUGAUGCACUGCAUAAGCUGUUAUGACCAGCUGCUCUCCUUUGAAGUCAAAGAUUUCUGUCCCCUAUUUAUUUUUCCAAGUUCAAGUAGAACUACUACUUUUAUCUGGAACUCUGAUGACAAAUCUACAAGUAUUCAAAAGAAGGCGGAUACUGACUCUGAUAUUGAGCUCCUGACUGGAGAUGAGAGGGAGGGGGAUGGUGAGGAUACAAGCAUGACGGAGGACUGGGCUAAGUUCCACCAACAAGAGAUGGAGAAGAAUCCUGGAGAGGGCCACACAAAUAAAAUAGAGAGUUUAGUUACACCUAAAGAUGAGAAGAAACACAAGAAACCUAAACCAGUGUCGGAAUCCACCAAAUCUGAGGAGAAACCCAACCUGGAGCCGGAACCCACCAAACCUGAAACAGUCACCGAACUCAAAACCCCCAAGGGAACUAAAUCCUCAAACAAUGGAGCAAAGACUCCCAAAUCUGACUCCAAGACUGCACCCAAAGCUAAUCCAUUGGCUAAAUUCUUGGUUAAAAUGAAACCCGGAACAAUUCCUUCUAAAUCUAAGAAAACUGAGACUGCUGCAACCAAUGAUGAUGAAAUUGAGAUUAUUGAAGUGAAAGAAGAUGUUGAGAAGGAGAAAAAGGUUCUUGAAAAAGGAGACAAAAAAUCAGCGAAGAUCAUGAAACAAAAAGCCCCGAAGAACAGCGUAGACGAGAAGGUUGAAGAAAUAAAAACUGACGAUUCAAAGCCUGAUGAGUUCGAGACUAAUGAAUCUAUGAGUGAUGAGUCCAAAACUAUUGAAUCCAAAAUUGAUGAUUCUACAAUUGAGAAACUUAAGAUUGAUGAUGACGUUGUUGCGGUUAAUACAUCUGCAAACAUUGCUUUAGUAUCAACUCCUGUGAACAAGAAGGUGCAAGGACUGAAAACUCCUGGCGGCCAGGGAACCCCUGAAACUCCUGCAAGUAUACGGGCAAAGAAGAUAGCGCUGACUAAAAUCCGAGUAAAGAUUAUGGAACUAAACAUGGAUAUGGAGGAGGCAGUCAAAGAGGAUGAUGUUUUUAACUCCAGUGGAUCUGUAGAUACUCCUACUUCAGGACCUGUAGGUACUCCCACUUCAGGAUCUGUAGGUACUCCUACUCCAGGACCUCUAGGUACUCCUACUUUAGGAUCUGUAGGUACUCCUACUUCCGGAUCUGUAGGGACUCCAUUCACAACUCCAGCUCUCAAAUCUAAGAGUGCUAAAAAGGUUAUGACCUCUGGAGAAGAAGUAACCCCUUCCAGUCUUAGGAAGCUGACCCCUAAGCAGCUGGCCCUGCAGGAGAAGAGAAGGAAGAAGGCCGAGGAGGACAAGGAGGAGAAGGAGAAGAAGAGACUGGCGCUGAAAGCUCAAAAGGAAAAGGAAAGACUGGAAAAGGAGGAAGAAAAAUCGAAAGAAAAGCGUAGGAAGGAAAUUGAACGAAUUGAUAAGGAACUACAGAGAAAGGAAAAAGAGCGUGAGAAGGAAAAGGAAAAGAAGGAGAAGGAGGUAGAAAGGUUGAAGAAGAAGGAGGAGAAGGAGGCGGAGCAGAAGAAAAAAGACGAGGAGAAGACCAAGGCGGAGGAGGCGGAGGCAGAGAGAAAGAAAAAGGCAGCUCAAGCUUUUAAAGGAUUUUUUGUGAAAAAGGAUGCUGUUAAGGAGGUAAAACCUACUGACGAAGAGAAAAUGGAAGAAGUGACGGAGAACAUUUUCAAUCCUUUCCAGAUCAAAAAGAAUAUGAGAUUAGCACCACUAGUCAGGAAUGAUACAGUCGCAGCCAUGGGAAGAAUUGAUAGUCUCGAAGAACCAGUUGGUCCUGAUGGUCUUUAUGUUAAGCUUCUCAGGGAUGGAAAGCAUACCCCUGGGAAGCAAGGGAAGACCUGGCCCUGGGAGAAGGUUGAGGAGGAUACAGAUAUCGAGAUAGUCGAGGAGGAGGAAGAAGAGGAUUUGGAGAAUAUGGAUGAGGGAGUGAUGAUACUGCAGAGUAGAGUAGGGAAGAAUCCACGAGCUAAACUAAUCCAGUUCCAUGAGAACCAGCGUCCAGCUUACUGGGGUACCUGGAGUAAACAGUCCUCCGCUGUUACAGGACGAAAACCAUUCGGUAGAGAUACACAGGUGUUUGAUUAUGAGUAUGACAGUGACGAGGAUUGGGAGGAUGAGGGUGAGGGUGAAUCUCUGAGUGAUGCGGAGGAUGAGAAGGAAGAGGAAGACGAUUAUGAGGUUGACAAUGAGUUCUUUGUUCCUCAUGGCUACUUGUCCGAUGAGGAGGAGGAUAAGGACGAGGAUGAGAUCUUCAAUCCAGAGAAGGAGAAGGAGAAACUGAAGCUGAAGGAGAAAGAGUUCCAAGCUGAUUACAAGAAGAAAACCCAGCAGCUUAAACCAAGAUUGUGGGGUUGUUACUGGGAAGAGGAUACUAUGGAGGAAAAAGAUACCAACGCUGCGGCUCAACAACUAGUUAAAAUUCUAUCAGGGUAUGCCGCUAUCACAUGUUGUAACAACAACCUGCCAAUUGCAACCUCCUUCAGUCAGCCUCAAGCCAGUCCUCAGCCUCUGGCGGAGGAUGGAGGAGACCAGACCAGGAGUGGGAAGGGAAAGAACAAGGUAUCCAAGGUGUUCCCCGAGGAUGCGCUGUUUGACCUGGUCCGCCUCCUUCACAUCAACUCCAACAACAAGAUCUUCUUGGCCAAGGAGUUCAUCGAGUUCUGGAAUAAGAAGUGUGGAGUCGAUGCUGGUGGAGUGGAUGAUGUGGGAGGUACUCCAAGUACUCCUGCUACCCAACUGAUAUCUAAGAGAAGGAUAGUUGAUAAGAUCCAGGAGAUAGCUGAAUAUAAGAAGCUGAAGGGUAGGACAGGCAGGUUCUGGUUGGUUAAAGAAGAGAUUAGGAACAAGGUUGGAUUAGAGCAGACUGAAACCAAUACCUGGAAUUAUAUCCUGGAACAACCGAAUGCUAAAUCAUCAGCACCAUCUGAAGAUGUAGCAUCAAGUCGUCCUUCCUCGCCCGUACAGUCCAGGAUAAACUCACCCAACCCCGCCUCACUCAUCACCAAGUUCACCAAGGUUCUCACCGAGGAGGAGAGAGCUCAAAACCUAUCUAGAGCAAACCUAACUCCACCUAGUGCCAAGCGCAGAAAACUGACUCCGUCCAGUGUCGGUCAACUGAGUGAAAACCCGAACCAGUCCAAGAAUACGCCGGUCAAUAUGAUAACAGUAAAGCGAGCCCAAGGAUCUAAACCUGUAAACAGGAUUCAACCAAGAAAGACUCCCAAUACUAUUAAGACGACUCUAGGUAAAUCUCCUCUUUGUGUCAAAAGCUUUGCUUUAGAGACUCCGCCUAAAGCUGCAGCUCCUGCUGCUCAGAACAAGUUUGCUUCUGCUGCUCCAAUCGCCUUUAGAAAAGCUCCAAAGCCAAAGGCUGGAGCCCAACCCGUUACAACUGUGACCGGAGCUUUUAGUCAGCUGAAAAACCUGCAAGGUGUGACUGUGACCUCUGUAGGUAAACCUGGAGAUGAUGAUGAUUGUAUCACCCUGGACUAAUCCACAUUUAUAGAAUACGGGAAUCCCAAAAAACAUGAGUCGCUUUAAGAAAUCAAGAUAUAUCUCAAACAAUUAUAUGUUUUGAGGGUUUUAUUAAGAGGCCCUCAAUCUACCACAAGUUGAAAGACACUAGAUAUUAAAGGGAGUGAACGGCAAUUAAACUGAGAAUUUUUGAUACAUUUUUUUAUUAACAAAGGCAGACCACAUUUUUUUAAUCCCCAAACUUAUCUACUUCCUGUAGACCUAGAAAAGAACUUUGUACAAAGAACUUGUAAAUAGAAUAUGAAUAUUUAAGUCGCUAAAAUGUAUAAGCAAAACUCUUCCUGAAAGCAUUUUAAAAUUGUAAAUGAUCGUUCCCAGUUUUCCAGAAAACCCUGUCCGUUUAGUUUUAUAUUAUUUGUAUGCUUCAGAUUGAAUAAAUACGAUAAGUUCAAA